AUGCCUUUCUACCAGCGCGCAUUCUUCAACCCGGCCGUGGCCGACAAUGCCUUCACCAACAUCUUUCAGCUGAUCAACGACAUUGACAGCUACCAGCACGAGGCGUCUGCGCCCGCUUGCAAGCCCCAGCCCCAACUUCAGAAGCAGCAGAGAGUCUGCAAGCCGCGCCACGAGCACGCCGCACACCACCGCCGCUCUGGCCUGAACGACUUUGCCAGUGUCUUUGGCGUCGCCCGGCCCUUCAACCCGCGCUUCGAUGUCCGUGAGACCGACUCCACCUACGAACUGCACGGUGAGCUUGCCGGCGUCGACCGCAACAAUGUCUCGCUCGAGUUCACCGAGCCCCAGACACUGGUGAUUAGCGGCAACGUGGAGCGCAACUAUUCUUCGUCUUCGCCAUCCACGCAGCAGCCUGCGGUGGCCGCUGCACCCGAGGCCGUCCCCGAGGCCAUCGCCGACACCCACUCCGAGUCGGAGGAUGAGCCUAUCCUGCCCGACGGCGCACGUACGCCCGCCGAGGAGGACGAGCCGUUCACCGAGAUUGCUGCGCCCCGCUCGCCGUCGCCGGCCCGGAGCCACCGCGCCACUGUGACCGACGAGGCCACGGAGGACGCUCUGGAACGUGGCCAGGACGUCACCAACGAAAAGGCGGCCGAGGCUGAGGUCGCUGACCCGGCUGAGGUUGCCCCCGAGGAGGCCGACACCCCAGCGCAGGCUCAGGCUGCUGCUUCCAGCGACCGCUACUGGGUCCAGGAGCGCGCCGUCGGCCAGUUCAAGCGCGUCUUCAGCUUCCCGGUACCCGUGGACGAGGCCAACGUCCGCGCCAACCUUGAGAACGGCAUCCUGAACGUGUCGAUCCCCAAGGCCAAGCGCGAGACCCGCCGCAUUGUGGUCUUCUAA